CCCCCUUUGCAAAGGACCCCACCGCUACCCGGCUGUUUCCUUCCUAGGUGCAGGAACUACAGCCGGACGGCCGUGGCGGUUCUGAAGGAGCCGGUGAUGUUUGACUACGGAGGAGAGCGCAUCGACGUCCUCGCCACCCGCCGGCCCCAACCGGCCUCUUCCACCACCACCACCACUCUGCCCCCCCAGACCCCCUUCCGACCCUGGGGGACCUCUCCCCCUCCUCCCACCUGGCAGCCCAGCCAGGCCAGGGCGAGCCCCUUGCCCCCAAGGCUCCGGAAGGGCCAAGGGAAGGCGGGAGGCCGAGGCCAGAAGGGGAAGGGGGCGAAGAAGCAAAGGAAGAAAAAAGGCCCCCGGGACAAGGCGCGCACCCCCCUCGCCCACCAGCAGCCCCCCACUGGGGAGGGAUCCCCCCGCAAGCAGCCGGCUGUGCAGGGACUGGGGAAGGGGGGUGCCCAGGCCCCCCCCAUGGGACAGGGGGACUCUUUCAAUGCCAUCUUGAGUGACGAGCCUGGCCGAGGGGGGAGCCAGCUGGAUGCUGCUGCUGCUGCUGCUGCUGGUCUGCCUGAGAGCAUGCAGACGGUCCCGCCAAAGGGCCACCCCACCGCCGGCUCGUCCGGGUUGAGGAAGAGGAAGAGGGGGAGGAGGAAGAGGAGGAGGAAGCUGCAGAAGGAAGAGGAAAGCUCGCCACGACGUCAGAAGCUCUCCGUGCCUGGCAGAGACUUGGAGGAGGGAGGGGGGGCAGCGUAAAGGAGGAGCAAAGCCCCCCCCAAAAAAAUUUUUUGGGCAGAAGGGCCCUGCGACUGAAAUGGGAAUGACAGAAAGAAGAGAGACUCCCGUCCCAAAGGGGCUUUUCCCAACGUUUGGACUUUCUUGGCACUUUUUUUCCCCUCCCCUUGACAACAUUUCGCUUCUCAGCCAAGAAGCUUCCUCGGUUCAGGAAGAAGCUUAUUCGCGAACUGAGGAAGCUUCUUGGCUGAGAAGUGAAAUGUUGUCAAGGGGAGGGAAAAAAAAGUGCCAAGAAAGUCCAAAAGUUGCCUUGUGGGAAAAGCCCCUUUGGGACGACCGGGAGACCUGGAGAAUCUCUGUAGACAAGAGAGCCGGAAGGGACCUUGGAGGUCUUCUAGUCCAACCCCGUUUGAGCAGGAGGCCCGAUGCAAAAGGCCAGACCUGCUUGGUUGGCCUUGAUGGAGAAGGAAUAAAAGCGGAUUUAACUAUG